AUGGCCGGUGACAGUACGACGAACAAUGAAAUUGGAGAGGGGGUCGAGCAGGGUGCGUCGGUAAGGGGGGAACGGCAUUCCAGAGUGGGCGGCAUUCUGGAAUGCGAUCCCCCCGGUAACAGGAAUUCUCUGAGUAUGAGCGACCAAGCCAACGAGAACACCGACGACGACGAGGACGGUGUUUGCCGCUAUGGUAUACGACUGCAAAACUUUUUCCCACAUCUUGCACCACCUUCGUCGCGAUACGGAAUCUGCGACGACAAUGUCGAACUGACCGCAGAAAUAUUGGCACAUGAUGUCAUACGAUAUCUUCUCAAAGAAGACAUGUACCUAAUAUCCAGGGACUCAAUAUCUCGCAGCAUGCGUCAUAAUGUUUAUCAGAUGUUGAACAAACACAGUAUCCUGUUUACCAGUAUGGUGAAUCGGCUUAAUGUCGUACCUGAUACAGCGUACGAGGCUUUCACGGGAGUUGCCGAUGAGUUGUUUUUGCACGGCGAAAUAACUUGGGCUAAAAUAGUCUGCUUGUAUGCUUUUAUGGGAAGACUGGCUCUCUGGGCUAGAGAUGGUAGGAUGCAUGCUUUGAAGCAGAAAUUACCACUCUAUGUCUCGAGGUAUAUUGGUGAAGCCAUUGCACACUUCAUCAAAGUCGCUGAAGAAGUUAGUGGUGCAGUGUGGAGAAGUCUACUUAUGACUGGUGCAACGCUUAGUCUGGUUGCUACUAUUUUAACUGUCACUGCUUGA